AUGACUUGUACUAGGCCUGAUUUAAGUUUUGUUGUGUCUAAACUUUCACAGUAUAUGGCUAGGCCAACUCAAAGUCAUUUGGCUAUGUGUAAAUAUGUUCUAAAAUUUCUUAAAGGUACUAAACAACAUGGCCCUGUUUUUAAGAAGUCUUAUGAUACUAUUGAGAUUUCUGGUUACUGUGACUCAGACUGGGGUAGUUCUGAAGAUCGUAAAAGUAUUUCAGGUUAUUGUUACCAAAUGAAUGCUGAUAGUGCUCUUAUUUCUUGGAAGAGUAAGAAACAAAGCAAUGUAGCUUUAAGUUCUUGUGAAGCUGAGUAUGUUUCAUUGACAUUUGCUAUCCAAGAAGCAAAAUUUUUGCAGCAGUUGUUAACUGAUAUGACUAAUGUUGUAGUCAAACCUAUCAUAUUAUUUGUUGAUAACCAAGGGGCAAUUAAACUUGCUAAGAACCCUGUUUACUAUCAAAGGUCUAAACAUAUAGGCAUACGCUAUCAUUUUAUCCGUAAUGAAGUUAUGAGUGGAAAUGUUGAUUUAGUGUAUGUCCCCUCAAGUGAAAAUAAAGCCGAUAUGUUUACAAAACCAGUGACUAAAACAAAGUUGAUUUAUUUUAAUUUGUGUCAUUAA